AUGAAACAGGGCUUAGGCCAGGGCCUGUGGCCUAGGGCCGUGGCUUCAGGGGUCAGGCCAGGCCAGGGCUUAGGGUCAGGGCCAGGCUUCAGGGCUUCAGGCUGCGGCCCAGGGUCAGGCUCAGGGUGCCUGUGGCUCAGGCUGUCAGGGUCAGGGCCAGUUCAGGCCGAGGGCCCAGGGCAGGCAGAGGCAGUGGCACCCAAGAGCACCAGGGCCAGGAAGGCCAGGCAGGAGGACAGACAGGGCGGGCAGGGGCAGGAGAGGCAGGAGGCCACAGCGGCAGGCACGGCAGGCCAGGCACGCCAGCAGCCAGGCCAGCAGCAGGGCAGGCAGGCCAGGCAGGCCAGAGCACAGGCACAGAGGCAGGCAGCUAGGCAGCAGCAGGCAGAGGCAGCAGGCCAGGAGGCAGCAGGAGGCAGGCACAGCAGGCCAGGCAGCAGGCCAGGCCAGGCCAGGCAGGGCCAGCAGGCCAGGGCAGGGCCAGGCCACAGGCCCAGGCUAGAGGCCAGGCCAGGGCAGGCCAGAGCAGGGCAGGCCAGGCAGCCAGGCAGCCUGGCGCGGAGCACGGGCAGGAAGGCAGGCAGGCAGGCCAGGCAGGCAGGCAGCCUUAGGCAGGGGCCAGGCCAGGCAGGUAGGCAGGCCAGGCAGGGGGACAGUGAGGCCAGGCCCAGGCCAGGCCAGGCCAGGCAGGGCCAGGCACCAGGCCAGGCAGCCAGGCUCAGGCCAGGCCAGGGCCCAGGCCAGGAGAGGCCUAGGCCAGGCAGGCCAGGCCAGGGCAGCCAGGCCAGGCCAGGGCAGGCUAGAGCCAGGCAGGCCCAGGCAGGAGCCAGGCCAGGCAGGCUAGGGCAGGAGGCAGGCCAGGGCAGGCAGGCCAGGCCAGGGCAGGCCAGGCCCAGGCAGGAGGCAGGGCAGGCCAGGCAGAGGAGCAGGAAGAAGCAAGACAGAGGAGCAGGCACAGGCAGGAGGCAGGCUAAGAGGCAGGCUAAGGACAGGACAGCUAGGAGGAGCGAGCAGGGCACUAGGCAGACAGGCCAGGCCAGGAGGCAGGGGCAGAGGGCAGGAGGCAGGCCAGGCCAGGCCAGGCAGCAGGCCAGGCAGGUAGGCAGGCAGGCCAGGCCAGGCCAGGCCAGGCACCAGGCAAGAGGCCAGGGCACAGCAGGCAUUAGCAGGCUAGGCAAGCAGCCAGCACAGGCAGGGCAUAGGGCAGGCCAGGCAGGCAGGGGGCAGGCAGGCAGGCAGGAGGCAGGAGCAGAGCAAGAGAGCAGGCAGAGGCACAGGACUAGAGCAGAAGGCACAGGGAGGCAGGCAGGCCAGGAGAGGCCAGGCAGAGGGGAGAGGAAGGAGAACCAGGGCAGGCAGGCCAGGCAGCAGGAGAGCAGGCCAAGCCAGGGCCACAGGCCAGGCAGGCAGCCAGGCAGGGCCAGGCAAGAGGCAGAGGAGGGACAGCAGCAGGCACAGGGCAGGCAGGGCCAGGAGGCAGCAGAGCAGAGGCAGGCACCAGGCCAGGCAGGGCAGGCCAGGCCAGGCAAGGCCAGGCCAGGCCAGGCCAGGCCAGGCCAGGGCCAGGCCAGGCCAGGCCAGGAGGCAGGCAGCCAGGGCAGGCAGCAGGCCAGGAGGCAGCGGGGCAGGAGGCCAGGCAGGCAGGAGGGCACAGGCAAAGAGGCAGGGGGCAGGCAGGAGGCAGCAGGCAGGCCAGGAGGCAGACAGGAACCAGAGGAACAGGAGGAGCAGGAGCAGCACAGGCUAGGCAGGCAGCAGGCCAGGCAGGGCCAGGAGCUAGAGCCAGGGCCAGGCAGGCAGGCCAGGCCCAGGCCCAGGGCCAGGCCAGGCAGGCCAAGGCCAGGCAAGCAGGCACGGCAAAAGGAAGGCAAAAAGGCAGGAAAGGAGGAGGAGAAAGGACUAGCCAACAAUAGAAGAGCAAAGGAAGGAGCACAGGAGGCAGGAGAGCAACAGCAGAGAGAGGAGAGCAGGCAGGCAGCAGCCAGGAAGCCCACCAACCAAACCAGAGAGGAGGCAGCAGGCACAGGCCACAGGCAGCGGAGGCAGCAGGCACCAGGCCAGGCAGGCCAGGCAGGCAGCAGGCCAGACAGUGAGAAAACAAACACAAGAAAGCAAGCAGGCAAGAGAGGAGAGAGCAGAGGAAGGAAAAGGCACAAGGAGGAGGCCAGGCAGCAAGGCAGGCCACAAGGAGGCAGGCAAGGCCAGGAGGCCAGGCAGGCAGGGCAGGCAGGCAGGAGGCCAGGGCUAAGGAGGCUAGGCACAAGAGAGGCAGGGCCAGGCAGGCAGGGAGGGCAGGCAGGCAGAGGCCACAGAGGCAGGCAGAGCAGGGCAGGAGGGCAACAGGAAAAACAGGAGGCAAAAGGGCAGGAGAGAGCAGGAGGCAGGACAGGGACAGCAGACACAGGAGGCAGAGAGGACAAAAGAGAGGACAGGCAGAGGACCAGGAGCAAGGAGGAAGAGCAGAGGCUAGCAGGCAGCAGGCAGCCAAGCAGAAGGCCAGGCAGAGCAGGCAGGGCAGGCACUAGCUAG